AUGUUAUACAUUAGCACCGCUCUAUUACUGUUGUCCUACAGCCUCGUGGGGGCUUUACCUCACAAUGAAAGAUCCAACCAUGAACAGACUUCCUUGAACUGGGCACCUUGUGAUCUCGAUUUUCCCAAAGCAACAGAAGAGUUGAUUACAACGCCGAUCGACUGCGCGAAACUCGAGGUGCCGUUGGACUAUACGAAUCCUGACUCUGGGAAGACAAUUGAACUGCAACUGGUGAGGGUCAACGCGACAAAACAACCGACUAAGGGUAGUAUUAUUUUUAAUCCGGGUGGGCCUGGGAGCUCGGGCGUGGAGGAAGUGGCAACCAAGGGCCCUUUGUACAGAGAGGUCUUUGGUGGACAUUACAACGUGAUUGGUUUCGAUCCUCGUGGUACCGGAAAGACACUCCCAUUUGCCUGUGACUUCGACACUGCAAAGGCAAACAACACGAAGCAGCCUCGUGGGUUCAUUAAUACAACCCUACCACAAGCCGACCUCUGGGGUCUGCUGAACUUCAAAGCAUGGGGUGACGGCGGCUGGUUCGCCGACGCCUGCUACGAGAGCCAAAAAGAAACAGGCCGAUACCUGAGCACAACCUUCACAGCACGCGACUUGCUCCGUAUCGUCGACGCUCUCAACGAAGACGGUAAACUGCGCUUCUGGGGCCGUUCUUACAGCACCACCCUGGGACAGACGUUCGCAGCCAUGUUCCCCGAUCGGAUCGGCCGUAUGCUUCUUGACAGCGUGCAGGACGCUCGAGACUACCACAGCGGCCAAUGGCUAGACGCUACCCGGGGAACACACAUCCCCUUGCUUAACUUCUUCACGGAGUGCAUCCGAGGCGGACCGUCCCUUUGCCCGUUCGCCAACUUCUCCGGCCCGAAAACAACACCAGAGGACCUGAUGACCGAAAUCAGCAACGUCUUCCAAGAACUCGUCGAUAACCCCGUCUACCUCCACGAGGACUACCACUCCCCGUUCCUACAACCCUGGUGGAGACCAGGCCCGCGUCCGUUACUCCCCGAACUCAAAUACUACUUCUUCAACUACCUCUACCAACCCGCCUCCUUCCCGCUCCUCGUCUACACCGCAUCCGCCGCGCUCGCUCGCAACUGGACGAGUUGGACAUCCCCGACGCCCGAGAUCCCCACUCCGCCGAAAUACAACGAGGGAGCGCAGGCAUUCCACGGCAUCGCGUGCUCAGAGAUAACUAUCCGCGCGAAAUCUCCCAACGACCUAUACUCGCUUGUCCAGGCGGAGUUGGAAGCUGGCGACUUCUCCGACGCGUUCAUGCCUCAGCUCUGGCCGUGCUAUCAAUGGAAGAUAGACGCAGUCGAGCGGUUCCAGGGAGACUUCAGGAACAUCAAUACAAGUUAUCCAGUUAUGUUUGUUAAUGGGGCAUAUGAUCCCAUCACGCCGCUGAGCGGGGCUUGGAGAGCGGCGUCUGCGUUUAAGGAUAGUCGGUUGUUGGUUCAUAAGGGACAUGGACAUGGUGUUAUGAACCACCCUUCGGAGUGCACGAUCAAAGCUAUUGGGGAUUACUUUGCCAACGGGACGCUGCCUGAGCAAGGGACCGUCUGUGAUCCUAUUCAACCAGCUUAUAAGCUUUGGGAGGAUGCGCAGAAGACGCUGGAGGAGCAGUUAGCGAAUGCAAAUAUUACUAUCUAACCAGAGGAAUAAAGUUUUGGUCCGGUGGUCAGGGGUUAAAUUGUUGAUAUAGAU